GAGGAAGAUCAUGACACUUAUGAAUAUGUCGCUCCUGCCGAGACACCUCAACGGCAGAGCGUAGCCAUGAUAAAGGCCGCUACCAAUAGCACGCCACAGGCGUUGGCCCUAGAACAUGCUCCGCCUAUGGCACAUGGCAUUCAGCUUAUCUCUCCAUAUGAACUCCCCGAUCGGUUUCGUCAGAUCUUCCCAUAUCAGCUUUUUAACGCUGCACAAUCCAAGUGCUUUGCCAGCGUUUAUAAGAGCAAUGAUAAUGUCGUUGUCUCAGCCCCUACAGGCUGUGGCAAGACUGCAAUACUUGAAUUGGCGAUUUGCAAACUUGUCGAAGGUCAUCCCUCUGGAGAAUUUAAGAUUGUUUAUCAGGCUCCAACAAGGUCGCUCUGCUCUGAACGUAUGCGUGAUUGGCAUAAGAAGUUCAGUCACUUGAAUCUGCCUUGUGCAGAGUUGACUGGAGACACUAGCCAGUUCGAGAUGAGCCGGGUUCGCAAUGCUUCGAUUAUUGUCACCACACCUGAGAAGUGGGAUAGCAUCACACGGAAAUGGCAAGACCAUAUUAAGCUGUUGCAGAUGGUAAAGCUAUUCCUCAUUGAUGAGGUGCAUAUUCUCAAGGAUACUCGAGGUGCCACUUUGGAAGCUGUCGUUUCUCGCAUGAAGUCUAUUGGCGCCAAUGUUCGCUUUGUCGCCCUCAGUGCAACGGUCCCGAACUCAGAGGACAUCGCUCUGUGGUUAGGCAGGGAUCCCACGAAUACCCAUCUACCAGCCCAUCGAGAGACAUUUGGCGAAGACUUCAGACCUGUCAAGCUGCAAAAGCAUGUCUACGGCUUCGAUGGCCAAAUGAAUGACUUUGCAUUUGAGAAAGUUCUGGAUGGGAAGCUCCCAAAUCUGAUUCAGAAACACACUAGCAAAAAGCCAAUCAUGGUAUUUUGCUUCACUAGGAAAUCCUGCGAGGGCACAGCCGCCACCCUUGCAGAAUGGUGGACUAGACAGAGAGUCGCAGACCGUGGCUGGCCAGCUCCUGUUCAGCGAACAGUGGUCGGCAGCAGGGAGCUUCAAGUACUGGUGGAGAGUGGCGUUGCCUUUCAUCAUGCUGGACUUGAUCCACAAGAUCGCAACGCUAUCGAGACAGCCUUUCUGAAAGGAGAUAUCAGCGUGAUCUGCUGUACCUCAACCUUGGCUGUUGGAGUCAACCUCCCCUGCCACCUUGUCGUUCUGAAAGGCACUGUUGGGUUUCAAGACGGCGGCCUUUGCGAAUACUCUGAUCUAGAGGUAAUGCAGAUGCUGGGGCGGGCUGGACGGCCCCAAUUUGAUGACAGCGCCAUAGCCAUCAUUAUGACACGCUCAGAUAAGGUCGACAGGUACAAGAAGAUGAUCUCUGGCCAGGACAUACUGGAGAGUACCCUGCAUCUAAACUUGAUCGGGCACCUCAAUUCUGAAAUUGGUCUUGGCACUAUCCAUGACCUCGAUACAGCGAAGAGGUGGCUUUCCAAAACCUUCUUGAGUGUGCGAAUGAGACAGAAUCCUAGCUACUACAAGUUGGAAGGUAUUCCUCAGAGUACAGAUGCUGAUGAACGACUCCGACUCGUCUGUGAGAGAGAUGUUAAGCUCCUCCAAGAGAAUCAGCUGGUGUCGGAAAAGGAGCGAUUCAUGUGUACCGAGUAUGGUCAUGCUAUGUCUCGAUACAUGGUGCAGUUCGAAACGAUGAAGCUGCUUCUCAGUUUGCCCAGGCAUGCGAAGACCGAGCAAAUUCUCCAACUUAUUUGCCAAGCUUCCGAGUUCAAAGAUCUUCGGAUGAAGCCAAAUGAGAGGCCCUCUCUUCGCGAAUUCAACAAAUCUCCGUUUAUCAAGUAUCCUAUAAAAGAAAACAUAUCAACAACAUCUCAGAAGAUCUCUCUCAUCAUCCAAGUUCAGCUAGGUGGUGUUGAUCUUCCUACAAGUAAAGACUUCCAAGCUAUUAAAAGACAGUUCAUGGUAGAAAAAGGCGUCAUAUUUGAGCGUAUUCAACGCCUUAUUCGCUGUAUCAUUGAUUGCAAGUCAGUAGAUUGUGAUGCAAUCUCCACGCGACAUGCCCUGGACCUGGCUAGGAGUCUUUCAGCUGGAUUCUGGGAAAAUUCGAACCUACAGUUAAGACAAAUCCCGCAGGUUGGCCCUGCUGCGACUCGAAAGCUUGUUACCAGCAAUAUCAAUAGCGUUGAGAAACUGGCAAGUUUAGAUACCGCGAGUAUCGAACGUAUCAUGGGCAGGAAUCCUCCCUUUGGGAGAAAACUGCUGGACUCGUUGCUUGGAUUCCCGCGCUUAACCCUACAAGCCGAGACCUUAGGGAGAGCUGCUUCUAAAGCAGGAGAAAAUCCCAGGGUUUACGUCAAAGCUAAGCUGGGUUUCGCAAAUGCUAAAGCGCCUGUUUGGAAGGAGAGGAAGCCCUCACUGACAUUCAUGGCCGAAACGUCAGAUGGCACUCUAGUUCACUUCUGGCGUGGUAAUAUCCAGAAGUUGGAUAAAGUGCAUGAGCUUAAAUUUAUCGUCGAAUUAUCUUACCCAGACGACGAAAUCAAAUGCUACGUUGCGUGUGACGAGAUUGUAGGAACUGCUCGCUCCUCUCUCCUCAAGCCGGAUAUUCCUGCAUCAGCAUUCCCAGCUAAGAAGCCAAGCAAGCAAGCCGAACCACAGAUCGGAUCUAUUGACCAAAAUGAGGGCCCUGGCUGGACUGAUGAGUUUGGAGGCGAUGAUAUCGAAGAUGACGAGUUGCUCGAGGCUGUCAAACGCAUUGAUGCCCCUGCCAGCGAGUAUGACUCGGACGACUUUGCAGAUAUUGACGAUUUCAACGGACCGUCCGAGGGUGCUAGCUCGAAGGAGGAGAAGGCCGAGAAUGUUAUGGAGUCUGUUCUGAUGGAAAAUGGCAAAUGGACUUGUAAUCACCGCUGUUGUGGGGGUCAGACACUUAAGAAUGGCCAGCCUUGCAAACACAAGUGCUGUCAUGAAGGCCUUGAUAAACCUAGAAAGCCCAGGAGAUUAGUAGCGACAAAUCACGAAAUAUUAACAAUGCAGGGACAAAGAUUUCCAAGGUAUUUAUACCUGGAUACCAUGAAGAUUAGCUUGUUUUACUUACUAGCCAAUUCUCAGAUAUCUAAAGGACAAAUGAAGCUGAAGGAAUGCAAGUCCAGCCAUUCUGACCAAGAAGACGUCGAGGUCAUUGAUCUUGCAGAGGAAUUCCCGCCCGUUAGUGACACAGAUCUAGCUCCCCGUGAUUAUCGGAAAUUGCAGAGUCUUCACACAAAAGUCCAAAAGGAGAAUGAGAAACCUGUACGGCUCCCAAAGCAGAAGCCAGGGUUCUCAUAUGCAAGUGGACAGCAACCCAAUCUCCCGUUUCUCCAUAAGCCAAAGACUGAUGACAACAUGUUCGAUUCGUGGGAAUUUGCUCAGGAAGAAGAUUUUCCUUCGCCGUCUGCACUUGCAAAAGGAGAGGGCAACGGAAGCGAUCCAUUCGAAAUAGAUUUAAUCACACAUGAGAAAGCUACUCCCACCUCAUCUAUGCGAGAUGGCUCCUUGGAAAGCCUCGAAGCAGCCAUGCUUGGCCUUGAUGAUUCAGAGAGACUCAAAACACCGACUCCAAAGAUUGAUCUAAGCUUUGAAAAUGGCGUCUUUGACUUUUCUUCGUUCAACGAUCAGGCCGAGCAACGAGAGAUAUUCUCAAGCCCUUCAAUGCAAACGUCGCUUAAACGACCGUUAUCCCUUACUCCAGAAAUGCCAGAGAUGAAAUACCGUCGUGUUAAAAAGGACGAGUCGAUCACGAAGGACCUGACGAUCACCGAGACAGAGCCAAUUGAGCACGAGGAGACUCAGCAGCGCACAGUUCCAGCGUGGGUAGAUGAGUUUGACUCUGCUCUCAUCAAUGACUUAAAAGGCAUUGUUGAUUUCGUGGAUUGAUUCUGGGCCGGGGUUGCCGUGGGUCUUGUAAGAUAAAGUCAUGUAGCUGGUUUGCUCAGGUACGAAAUUAUGCGUUCUAUUUGCUGAAAACUGCGCGUGUCAUGCUCUUCAUUUACUCAUUCAUAUGAUACAAUCCUGUAUUUAGUGGUUCAUUAUAGCUGCUUCAACCUCACAACUGGCUAAGCAAGAUAUUGUUAUAAUAGCAGAAAGUUAUAGGAGGAAGUGU